CUCAGUGCGUUGACGCCGCGACGCGGCGCAUUAUUUGGCAUCGACACGGCGGAGCGACAGCUGAGUGUUUCUGCGGUAUUAACGGAGUGAUUUACCGGCGGAGACCGUCAGAACGAGCACGGUACACACCGCAGAGUCUCCGCGAGCCGGUCUUUCAGGAUCUGCAGUAAUGUCGGAGGACGCGUCCCGGCUGACCCGCAGUCAGAAGCGAGCUCUGGAGAGAGAGUGUGUGUCUGUGGACAGUAAGCGUGUGAGGUUGGAGGCUGAGGAGCAGGACGACCGGUCCAGAUGUGAGACCUCCAGUCCGUUGAGCGCAGGAGAGGUGAAGGCCACCCUCAAACUGAAAGUUCAGACCGGAGACGAGCCGGUGGACAUGAGCACCAUCAAAACUGACACGAGGGAAGUACGCAGCCCACAGUCACCUGAUGAUGUCAUCGUGUUGUCUGAUAAUGAGACGUCCAGUCCGCACGUCAACGGCAGGAAUCACUUUCAAGAGCUCAACACACAGCUGCUCAUGAAGAGUUCUCCACAGGAGCGUGAGCGUGUCAUUACACAGUUCAUGGAGGAACUUCGGUUGGAGGAGACCAAACUCAUCCUGCUGAAGAAACUUAAACAUGCUCAGAUACAGAAAGACUCCAACACACAGAAGGUGAUAUCUGACCGGUCUUCAGCGACUCUUCCUCCUCUGGUGCGUGGCGCUCAGAUGUCUAAAGCCGGAUCUCAGAUGAUGAUGCCUCCGCUGGUGAGAGGAGCUCAGGCCACAACACAGCAGAUGUCCAGUUCCACACCUGCGCUGCUGCUGGCUCCUCACGUCCACAGUCAUAAGAUCAUUCAGCCGGGUCUCAUACGAGUGACCAACGCUCCCAACGGCGGUCUGCUGCUCAGCAUCAGUCAGUCCUCAGCUGCGAACCUCAAGCCAGCCAACGUGAGCGACUCUCCAGCCAGUCGACAGGCGGCCGCCAAACUGGCUCUACGCAAACAGCUGCAGAAAACCCUGCUGGAGAUCCCUUCACCCAAACCAGCGGCGGCUCAAUUCAACUUCCUGCCCUCAGCCGCCAAUAAUGAGUUCAUUUAUCUGCUGGGACUGGAGGAGGUGGUGCACAACAUUCUGCAUUCACUGGGCCGAGGUAAACAGGGUGUGUACGCCGGGCUGGUGGUCUCAGCUCAAGAGCCCUACUGCUGCUCUCAGUGUCAGACUGACUUCACACGUCAAUGGCGCAAAGACAAGGGCGGAGCUACCAUGUGUGAGCAGUGCAUGUCGUCCAAUCAGAAGAAGGUUGUGAAGGCCGAGCACACCAAUCGUCUGAAGGCUGCGUUUGUUAAAGCUCUUCAACAGGAGCAAGAGAUUCUACAGCAGACCACCCUGUCUUCAUCUUCAUCAUCAUCCUCAGCUCACAGGAUGACGGUCGAUCCCGUCAAACAACACUCACAUGCCAGAUCCAGUCAGCCAAUCACACGUCACCCUGCCACCAUCAAACAGAGUCCGGUGCAGAUCUCUCGUGGCGUGGCAGCGGUGCGCAGAAUCCCUCACUCCUUCUCUCCGUCCUCUCAGCUGCAGAACGCAGUGGCGGCCGCAGCACUGGUCAGCAGGCCAGGUGUGACGAUGGCCUAUGUCAACCCCAGUUUGUCCGUUCUGAAGAGUUCUUCAUCCUCAGCCGAGCGGCAGAGAGAAUAUCUCUUAGACAUGAUCCCGUCACCCUCCGCAAGCGUGUGGAAGUGAAAGUCACACGUGUUGAAUGCAGAACUGCUCCCGAGUUAUAAUCAUUCUAUGGUGCGAGAGCCGCGUGUGAUUGAAUGGAAAUGAAAACAUGAAUCUAUAGAUGACAGAGAUGAGAACGCUUUAGACGGCACUGACGCUGGGGUGAAUGAUGUGGCAGUAAACAAGCCAUCACGAGCGAUUCUUAUUCUCAAUGAUGCAGAUGUUAUGGACCUGCGCAGCUCUGCAUGAGCUCUGCUUCUAUUCUUCAAAUGUGACGUUUUCAUUAAGAGAAAAACUGUUGAAUGCUAAUAAAAACACAGAUUCAGUUUGCUUGCGGGGCUUUUGUUUGGUUAACUUGUUUGUUUGAUUGAUCAAAUCUGUGAAGACAUUGAAGGAAAGUUUGUCUCACAUUUGACCCAAACUCAAUUAUUAUGUUUAUUGACUUUUGUAAAUGUUGUCCUAUCGUCACUUUUAUUUCAUUUAAUGCUUCAUUGGGGAUUUAACCUCUUAAUGUUUGAUGUAUUUUUUUCUCUGCUCAUGUUUGUCUCAGUCCAGUCAGGUCUGUUCAAGUUAUUAGUUAUAUCAUUAGGCUAGAAGUUUCACACAAAACAGUUUAUUAUUAUUAUGAUUAUUAUUUGAUGAGCUGUUGGAUCUACAGUCAUCUGUGUAAUGUGAUGUAAGGUUUAAUUUUCUUCACAGGUCCCACAAUAAACACUUGAUGAAUCUGAA